AUGUUUAAUCCUUUGAAUCGAGCCAGGUCACCAUAAUACAAUGGGUAUCCCAAUCAAGCAAAUCCAAAUUCCUAAUUUGGAGGUAAUCCUUAUCCAUUUAUGGGAUAAUAAUCACCAGUGAAUUAGCCUUUGACAUAGAGAUCUUUUCCUUAACAAUAAUAUCCCCAGAAUACCCCUCCAAAGGGCUACCCAUUGUAGCAAUCAUAGAGAAGCAAUCCUCCUUUCGCAUAACAACAAUAGUAUCCACCCAACCAGCCAUCUGUGUAAUCUAUAUAACCUCCUCCUCAAUCGCAACCCCCCUAAUAAGCUCCUUAAACAAAUUAUGUAUAACCUCCACAGCGAUCACAAAAACCAAUGGCACCACAAUCAAUAGAGUAAUAAAAAUUACCAACACCUUAAAUAAACUUAUAAGCCUAGCCAUAAUAGUAUGUACCUUCUCAGAGUUCUGCUUUGGGGUUAUCUGGUUUAAGGUAGACAUAUACACCUCCUACUUUUGUUCCUCUUUAGCCAGUGAUGACUACUGUAAUUUAACGACCAAUCGAAUUUGUGGAUUUGGAGAAAUUCGAGGAGUUGUGGGAUAAGAGAAUGAAGGAAUUGGAAGAUAGAAUUCGUUAAUCUUAACCUUAACCUUAAGUUGUAGAAUUGAGGUCUUCAAAUGAUGAGGACAAGGAUGCUUUAAUAAAAUAAUUGCAAGACGAGUUGUACAAGGUGAGAUGUGAUAAUGAGGAGAAGGAUAAUAAAAUAUCUGAUCUAAAAAUAGAGUUAUAAACAAACGUCGAUCUUGUGGAAUACUUGAGAUAGUAAUUGGUUAAUAGCAACAACAGUGAUGAAGUUGAAAAGCUACAGAAUGAGAUUCAGAGAUUGAGAAAGUAGGUCUAGACUCUGGAUGCUCAGGUCAAGUAAUUGAACCAUGAUAAUGCUGAUUUGAAGUAGGAAUUGGAAGCUUUGAGACAAUAAAAAUAGUUUUUCAAAUCAUAAUGUGAUGAUAAAGAUGAACACAUCUAGAAUCUAGAAAGGGAAAUCGAAGAACUUCGUUAGCAAGUCGACACUUUGACUGAAGAAGUUACGACUAGUCAAUCUGUUAAGACUUAUGAAGAGGAGGCUAAGAUAUGGAGAUCUAAAUUUAAGGAAUUGAAUGAUACAUACCAUGCUUGUUAAGAGAAAUUGAUUUUGACUGAAGCAGAAUUGGAUUUGUUGAAGAGACCUUAAAGUUAGUAGAAGAUCGUGACUACUUCGACUACAGUAGUAAAGAACAAUGUGUAAACAAGUGGAACCAAAUCAGACUCUGAUUAUCUUUCAAGUAGCCUAACUUAAUAAGAUGUUGAAAGAAUUCAAAAUUUAUCAAAGAAUAUUCCAUAGAUUUGAUUAUUUGAAAACAAGUUAUUAUAUUAAAAGUACAAAAUAUCUAUAAUCUUAUC